CGCAGCAACGCCAACUUCCUGCAAAAUAGUGCUCCGUUUCAUAGACAAAGCUUUACACUUUGGAUUCAAUUGGAGAUUCAUAAAUGUUAGCGUUGUGACUUCUCACCUUAAAUGGGUCCGCACAGAACUCCCGAGUCCAGAGACUAGGCUGUGACGGCGCGCUAUCUUGUCGGGUCGCUCUGCCGCUAAAAUGGACGACUCGCAGGAGCUGCCGGCAAAGAAAGCCAAGCUUGAAGUAGACAAUGGAUUGGAGAAAGAGCAAAGUAAUAAUAAUUUGGGAGAAGAUGGAAGCCCUGGCGCUGUGCUAGCUCCGUCAGAGCAGGGAAGCUCUUACUCUGCCCUGUCCAUCUCCCAACUCGGUACACGAGAUCGGGCGACCGAAGGAGAUAUCGGAGCGGCACCACAGUUGAACUCGUACGCACACUCUGCCACAGACGCAACAGCCGGGUCAGAAUACACCCAGCAGGUCUACGAAGGAAGCAACUCUGUGGUGACAUCAUACCCCAGCCCGGUGGCCUUCCCUCCGCUGACUCAGUCUGCCGUGUAUUCAGCUUUUCCACAGACAGGCCAAACGUAUGGCCUCCCGCCCUUCGGUGCUAUGUGGCCAGGCAUAAAAACAGAGACAGGUCUGCCAGAGGCGCCCUCUGGUGGCCAGCCUGGGUUUCUCAGCUUCAGCACCACAUAUACCUCAAGCCAGCCAAGUCAGCUGCACUACUCAUACCCCAGCCAAGGCUCAAGUUUCACAACAUCCAGUGUGUACUCCAACAUCCCAUCAGCUACAGCUGCAACCACAGCAGCCACCACGGUAGCACUCCAAGAAUUUAGCGGCUACAACUCUCUGGGACAGAGCCAGUUCUCGCAGUAUUACAGCCUGCCUUCCAGUUACGUGCCCGCGGGCCUGCCCAACAGCAACGACCACGGAGCCGCCGUGGGAGGGGCCGUGUACUCGGCCGUGAAGUCCAAAGAAGCCGCCUCGGCCGCAUUACCUCCCAGAGAUGCGUCCCCGCCGGAGAAUCUCCCAGCGGGGGCGGCCCUGCCCACCAGCGUGUCACAUCCUGCUGGAGCCGGAGACCAAGAUGAGGUGGGACGCAGGAACUCGAUGGGAAAAGCUAAAGGGAAGGCCAAAAAGUGUGACAGCUCUCCACCUACUGAAAAUGACCUGGAGCGUAUCUUUCUGUGGGAUUUGGAUGAGACUAUUAUUAUAUUCCACUCACUGCUCACAGGCUCCUUUGCGCAAAAGUUUGGCAAGGACGCAGCGAGCAUGCUGAAUUUGGGCUUGCAGAUGGAGGAGUUUAUCUUUGAGUUGGCCGACAACCAUCUGUUCUUCAACGACUUAGAGGACUGUGACCAAGUCCAUGUUGAGGAUGUCGCCUCAGACGACAACGGGCAAGACUUAAGUAAUUACAAUUUCCUGGCGGACGGAUUUAACGGCCCCAGCGGCGGAGGAGCGGCAGGAGCCGCUACAGGCGUCCAGGGAGGUGUGGAGUGGAUGCGCAAACUAGCCUUUCGCUACCGCCGCCUAAAAGAGAUUUACAACAGCUACAAGGGAAAUGUAGGAGGCCUGCUAAGUCCAGUGAAAAGGGAGCUGCUUUUACGGCUUCAGUCUGAUAUUGAAAACGUGACCGACUCCUGGCUCAGCACAGCGCUCAAGUCGCUACUGCUCAUUCAGGCCAGGGGGAAGUGUGUUAAUGUCUUGGUCACCACAACUCAGCUGGUACCAGCACUGGCUAAAGUGCUGCUCUACGGCCUGGGAGAUGUUUUCCCCAUAGAGAACAUCUACAGCGCCACAAAAAUAGGUAAAGAAAGUUGCUUCGAGAGGAUCGUCUCUCGCUUCGGGAAGAAAGUGACUUAUGUUGUCAUAGGUGACGGGCGCGAUGAAGAGUUUGCAGCAAAACAGCACAACAUGCCUUUUUGGCGGAUCUCCGCUCACGGCGACCUGGUCUCCCUGCACCAAGCGCUGGAACUGGACUUCUUGUAAACGGCAUUCAAGGAGAAAACUACAGCAGCCAGUUAUUGUUUGUGGACGGACACAGAUCAAGAAUCUUCUACGCCUCCCAACGCUGCGUAUUUACAGACAGCUGUGGACUCGCUGACAGAUGGUCAAUAUGGAUUGAGGCGGACUGUUAGGAACGGACUCUGCGUCCAUUCGGCUGCUUUCGAUGUCCUAGUGGCCAGCACUCCCUAUUCUUUGGCAGCUAAUCUCGCCACUGUUAAAAAAAACAAUUGUAUUCAUUCGGACGUCUCCCUCCUUGAUUUCAAAUUACUGAAUAGCCUUCGCUUCAUGUGUGCGGUGUUUGCAUUCAAAAUGUUUCAUCCAUCGUUUAUUUCUGGGCUCAUUUGCACUCGUUUUGUUUGCACUCAGUUUGACAACAAGUACGGUGAACCCCUGCUAGAAAAAAAAAAAAUGGAAUUGCCCCCGAAUGGAUUACAAUUGCUUUAAAUUGCCACAAAAGCACUAUUUGCCUUAAUGAAACUCAACUCACGAAACCUUAGUUACUUGACACAAAGAUGGCGGAAAAGCACUCUUUUUUUUUUUUUUUUUUUAACCCCUCAAAUACUUUAACAUAAUCCGGGAAUACCGAAGCGCGACUAUACAGGGGUUCACUGUUAUUGAUCAUCUGUUUGCUGAUUAGUUUUUGUCUCCUACUGCAACAUUUGAAAUGUAAGAAGGAAGCCUCACACAAUUCUAUACAAUCAAUUCAUAGUAGUAACAAAAGUUUCGAGCCUGUGGAAAUGGUGCAUCUUGGGUGUUCAGAUGAGCUGAAAUUUCAUUCACUUUUUGAGAGGGGGGAGAAAAGAAUUAUUUUCCCACAUUAACAAUAUUGAUAAAAUAUUCUGCAUAGCACAAGCUCAAGUGUCCUUCAAGAGUGUUCACAUACGGAACUUGGUAUUAAAUUCAAGCAUUGGUUGACAUUUGUUUAAAGAAGUAGAUAAGAAUGUGACCCAUGUAAAUAAUUAUCUAAGUCACAUUUUGGGACUCCACUCGGAUGAUUACUGAUUUGAUCCCCCCCCCACACACACACACAAUUAUUGUCAGCAGUGCUUCAUUCAUGCAAUUAAAUGUCAAACCAAAUAUUUAC